UGUUGGGUUUCUGCCAAGUGAUCUCUGGAACUGUGGCACCAGGAUGUCACUGCUUGUUAAAAAGUGUCAUCCAAAUUUACAGACUAAGUCAGAAGUAAGAUGUCCAACAGUUCAUCGAAAUUCAGUCGUCUAAGUUCAGCUUUGAACUAUGAAAUUUAAGAGAUGAUCUGACAAACACCUCUUCUUUGCACUCCAGGAAGAGAGAACUGCUCAGAGAAGCUGUGACAGCGUUUCCCGGAGACAGCUAAGGAAAGAAGGAGGGCGGGACACUUUUGUCCAGAGCCAGGGUUUGGCCCCGGUGACCACACACGCCCCUUUCCCGGCUCCCGUAGUGCCGGGACCGCUGGAGCAGCUGCUUCUUGAGAAGAGCAAAGUGAUUUAAGGGCCAAAGUGAGAUGAGCAAUCCUCAAGACACAGGCAGAAAAAGUCCCAGUGACACAGGAAACUGGUUCAGGAACUGCUGGCUCCUGAUGCAUAAAUCAGACAGCAGAGGCAGCACUGCCUGACAAAAGCUCGCUUCUGCCGAGGUGGUGGCAUCUGUGAGCCACUGCCGGGCUCCCGGCCAGCCCCCCUCCCUGCCCCUCACUGACGGAUGGAUCCCAAGGGGCUCCUCUCCUUGACCUUCCUGCUGUUUCUGUCCCUGGCCUUUGAGCGCAGCUAUGGAACAGGCACGGGCGUGAUGAACUGCCCAAAGAUCCUCCGCCAGCUGGGGAGGAAUGUGUUGCUGCCCCUGACGCAGAAAGGGAUAAGUAAGAGCAUGAACAAAAGCAUCCACAUCAUUGUCACGGUGGCAACAUCACCAGAAAGCAGUGUCAAGACGAAAAUAGUGUCUCUCGAUCCAUCGAAAGGAGGCCCCCCACGUUUCCUAAAGGAUCGCUACAAGUUUUACCGGGAAGACCUGCAGCUGGAGAUCCUGGACAGCAGGAAGGAGGACGAGGGAUGGUACUCUAUGACCCUGGAGAAAAACGAUUCCGUUCAGCACUUUUGCCUGCAGCUGAAGCUUUAUGAGCAGGUCUCCACUCCAGAAAUUAAAGUGUUAAACCAGACCCAAGACAAUGGGACCUGCACCUUGACGCUGGCCUGCACGGUGGAGAAAGGGGACGGCGUGGCUUACAGCUGGAGCGAGGAGGUGGACACUCACCCUCUGAGCCCAGCCAACAGCUCCCACCUCCUGUCCAUCACCCUCGGCCCCCAGCAUGCCGACAGCACCUACAUCUGCACUGCGAGCAACCCCAUCAGCAACAGCUCCAAGGCCAUCAUCCCGUGGUCCAGAUGCAGCCUAGGACCCUUGGAACCAAGUCCCCAGUGGGGACUGUAUGCUGGGCUGUUCUUAGGGGGUGUCAUUGGUGUCGUCAUGAUUCUCGAAGUGGUUAUACUGCUGUUUAAAAGAAGAGGUAAAACGGACCAUUACCAGCCAACAAAAGAGGCAAAAAGCCUUACUAUCUAUGCCCAAGUCCAGAAACCAGGUACUCUUCAGAAGAAACCUGACCCCCUCCCAGCUCAGAACCCCUGCACUACCAUCUACGUUGCUGCCACAGAACCUGUGCCCGAGUGUGUCCAGGAAACGAACCCCAUCACAGUCUAUGCCAGUGUGACGCUUCCAGAGAGCUGACACCAAAGACUCAGUAAAGGGACUUUCUGAAAGAAAAUAGAAGAACCAAAAUAAACACUGAACUUGGACCCAGGCUCCGAGUUCCCUGUGACAGACACUCUACACAUCUGCACCCUUCCUGGAUCAAC